AAACCGACGCCGUGAGGUGCGCAGUCAUCCUUCCAUUGAAGCUUCGCCAAGAAUAGAACGCUAUGGACGUUACAAAGCAAGUUCGCUUCGACGAAACAUUCGCCGUGGUUGGAAGCGUCGUCACUACCCCAGACGACGGCAUGGGCAACAAGCCAGGCACAGCCGGAUCUUCGUCGUCCGCGAGGGAAGAAGGCGUGGCGGCGAUAGGCCACCACCACUCCCAUGGAGGACAUGCAGUUCCCCCGCCCAUCAUCACCGAGAUCAGCGUCCAGCCCAACCCGCACAAAGUGUCGUCGUCGUUGGACCUCAAGUUGAUCAACGCGUUGAAGGAGCUCAAGGUGCGCAAGGAGAAUGGCGUUGGCGGCCACGACAAGCACGAUCCGUUCACCAAGAUCCUGCUCAAGGGCCCGUCGCUCAAGCAAGCGUUUGACAGCGUGCGCAGUACCUUUGACGCAUUCGACAAGCUCAAACAAGGCUCAAUUAGUUUUAACGACAUGGAGGAAGCGUUGAAUCGACUGGGCGGGAACUUUACCAAGGACGAAAUCAACGAUGCGUUCACGGAAGCCGACAUGUCCGAGAGUGGCCGGCUCACAUUCAAGGAAUUCCUCGUAUGUCUGGCCAUUGGAUUCGUUUUGCAUCGCAUCCCGGCCCUGGACGACCGCAGCGAAGGCGGCCAGCCGCGACUGAGCAUCUUCUACGCCCCAUUGAAGGGCUCGGGGAAGGACGGUCAGCCCAAGGCACUAUUGUUUGGCGAUGGCAACAAGCUGCGGCAGGCGUUUCACUUGGCCGUGGAUGUAUUUUUGUGGUUUGACAUGGACGGUGACGGACUCAUUGAAAAGUACGAACGUGUCCAGAUGUCCCUUGUUUAUAUGUGGCCAUUUAGAAGUUCCUGGCCAUUUAGAAUUCAUAUGUGUGUGUGGUUGGUAUUGGAUAUAUAUAUAUAUAUAAUAUAUACACACAUCUAUAUAUAUAUAUAUGGGGUAGAUAUUGAGAAUACCUGCGAGUCGAGGCCAUUUGGAAUGUAUACAAGUGUAUGUGUGUCGAAGCCAUUUGGAUGAUCAUAUAUAUAUAUAUAUAUGUAUAUAUGGAAAAUAGGAACGAAAUGCUCAGUCGACUGCACGAGUCCAUGCAUGAACAUUCACCGACCAAGAAAACGUCCAAGCAACGGUCGCUUGCCAAAGGGGACGUGGAGGCGAUGAUCAACUGCCCAGCCAACACAUUUAUCACGCAGCGCCGGUUCAACGAGAUGGACUGGGACCACGACGGCAGCAUCACAUUCAAGGAAUUUCUCAUGGCGUUCGAGUCGUGGGUGGGCGUGAACGAUGACGAUGACGACAUUGGUGACGACAGAUCUGGUGGUGACGACACACACGCCGUGACUGCAAAAUGAGUCCACCGCCUCUAGUAUCUCGUUUCGAUAACAAGCAAAAACUAAUCGACGGAUUGAUUCAAACUGUUACUA